AUGAUGUUCACCAAGGCCAUCUCUGCUGCUGCUGCCUUUGCCAGCCUCGCUUCCGCUCUGCCUCACGUCGUCCGCCGCGGCGACUCCGGCAGCGUCAACAUCGUCAACAACCUGGAUCACACCGUCUACGCGUGGUCGGUCUCUGAUAGAGUCAGUGACAUGCACACCCUUUCUGCGGGCGGUGGAUCCUAUACCGAAGCGUGGCGCACCAACGACAACGGCGGCGGCAUCUCCAUCAAGCUGUCCACCAACCCGGACCAGUCCGACGUGCUGCAGUUCGAGUACACCAUCGGCGACGGCGAGUCCACCAUCUACUGGGACAUGAGCUGCAUCGACCUCGCCGCCCAGGACUCCGAGUUCACCAAGUCUGGCUUCUCCGUCACCCCCUCCCAGACCGGCGCCAACUGCCCCAACGUCAACUGCGGCGCCGGCGACACUGCCUGCGCCGAGGCCUACCUCCAGCCCAAGGACGACCAUGCCACCCACGGCUGCCCCAUCGACACCACCUUCACCCUCAGCCUGGGCAACUAA